GCCAACCUCGAAUCACAGUCUCCCUGUUUCAAGCCUCACCAGCUGUCAUGGUCUCCUUAUAGCGUCGCCCGAGGCCCAAUGGCGCCUCAACCGCAGUCUCCUCCUCCUCCAAUCCCUCCGCCAGUCCCUGUCGAGACUCAUCCGAACAGGGCCGGAGGGUUGAAGCCGCCUUUGCCGCAACGCGUCCCGCCCGAUCCAACACGACUUGCGCCCGAACAUGCAUACUAUGCUCACUCGCAGCCGCGACUGUGGCACGAUAACUCUGCUCAGAACAGACCGAUCCAUGGCGUUGUAUCGACCUCGUCGUCGGUGGCUGUCGCUGCGCUGAGACCGCCCCCGGCCGUUCCUGGUUACGAGACUAGGAAAACCGAUGCUCGUAAGCCGAGAGACCGGCGACGGAAGAAGCGCAAGGGAGCAUGGAAGAAGUUGAUGUGGGUUCGGCAGUCUUACCCGGACAACUAUACCGACGCCGAGACUUUUCUUGACCACCUCCAACGAAACCCCCGCCUCCGGCCAUAUGAUUUCUGGCCCCUCGUUGCUGAUUCCACCGUCAUCGUUCAGCAUGUGUGCUCCGUCGUGAUAUUUGUUUGCUGCUUCGUCGAGAUUGUCCAAGAUCGGGUGAGCCCUGUUUCAGUAGUUGGCUGGGGAAGUAUAGGCACUGUCCUAGGCUGGGUGCUGUGGGAUUCUUGGAUCUGGAAAGAGCAAAGCAAGGCUAUCAAAGCCGCCCAGAUUAUUGAAGCGGCCGAGCUGGACGAUGGUUCCAGCGCUUCUUCCGCAAGCUCAAACCCGGGAGCAGCGACUUCCCAAUCCAGUGGCAAUGCCAGCAAUUUCCAGGGACUGGGUUUGAAUAUCCCGAGGUCAAGCUCGGAAAUGUAUUUGCGACGCCGAAGCACAGAGCUCAGUGCGACAUCAUUGCAAUCUGCGAACCCAAAUUCUCCUACUUUUCAACCCACAAACCUAUUCUAUUCAUACAAUGAAGACGGCAAGUCUCUAUUAUCGUCACGGAAUCGACAGCGACUUGCAACGGUCAAGUCUGCGGCUCUAAUUUAUUGCGCAUUGCUUGGCCUGAGCCCUAUCCUGAAAUCCCUCACAAAAUCCACCGCCAGCGACUCCAUCUGGGCUCUGAGUUGCUGGCUGAUGAUCAUCAACAUAUUCUCUUUCGACUAUGGUAGCGGAGACAGUGGAAUGGACGCGACCAAAUUUCCGGCGUCUCUAUCCACCAAUGCAGCACUCAUGGCGUCGACAGUCUUGGCCUCGCGUUUACCUUCGACUACCCAUGUGUUCAGCUUGACCCUUUUUUCCAUUGAAGUAUUUGGCUUGUUUCCUGUUUUCCGCCGGCAUCUAAAACAUGUCUCAUGGACCGGUCACUUGAUUCUGACUUUCGGACUGGUCUUUGCAGCUGGGGCCGGGGUUGGAAUAACGCUUCGAGGUGGAUGGGCCGCAGCAAUAGUAGGAUCAUUCCUGGGCAGUAUUCUCACGGCUCUGGUAAUGGGACUAUGCAGCUGGUGGUUAAUCGGGCUGCAAAAGUAUAAGAAUGUUGUCAUUGGGCCUUGGGAUCCAGCCAGGCCUACCUACCUGGUCACUAUCGGCUAUAAAUCUGCAUUCAAAGACAGCUGUAUCUUCAAAAUGAUACUCCAAACCCUUCUUCUGGUCCUUCUGGUCUGCCCCUCGGCCGCAUCUCUGCGGUACGUCAUGUACGUGGACGAGUGGCACAGUGAUAACCUUCCCUCGACUGAUGUAACAAGCGGCAUAACCCACGCCAUCAUGGCAUUUGCCAAAUCCGAGACCUUCAACAACGGCAGCCAGUUUACUCCGUGGGAACCUGCACAGGAUUUCAAAUCCCGGUUUCCAGAAGACACAAAAUUCAUGAUUUCCAUCGGAGGGUGGGGUGAUAUUGUUGGGUUUUCUGAUGCCGUCAAAAGCAACGCCUCGAUCCGGAAUUAUGCAGAAAAUGUGGCUGCAAUGGUUACAUCUGUCGGUGCUGAUGGUGUUGACAUUGAUUGGGAGUAUCCUGGGGGCAACGGCGCAAACUACCGUGACGUACCGAAUUCACAAAAGAUGGACGAGAUAAAUACGUUCCCUCUGCUUCUCCAGGGAAUUAAAACGGCCAUCGGAAAGGCCAAGACUUUAUCUAUCGGUGUGCCAGGCCUGCAGCGUGACAUGAUUGCAUACACCCCAGAAACCGCUCCAGGCAUCUUCUCUGCCGUCGAUAUGGUCAAUAUUAUGAGCUAUGACUUGAUGAAUCGUCGUGACGGUGUGACCAAACACCAUACCAGCGUGGCUGAUUCUCUCCAAUCGGUUCAGAAUUAUCUCGAUCUCGGCCUGGAUCCGGCCAAAGCAAAUCUCGGCUUCUCCUUCUACGCCAAAUAUUUCUUAACUGGAGCUAGCUCGAACUGCACUGCCAUUAAUGCUCUUGGCUGUUCUAUUGCAUCUGCGGAAUCAAAAAAUGGGUCAGAUAAUCAUAACAGUGGAAGUGUCACUUUUGAGUCCAUUUUUAUGAAACCUCAAGCACCGACGAACCUUUCAACGUCUUCGAACGGCGCCUGUGGUCCCACCAGGGGUAAAUGUCCUCCUGGGACAUGUUGCUCUCCAAAUGGAUACUGCGGAACCACAGGUGACUUCUGUGCCCUUGGCUGCAUAUCAGACUACGGAAACUGCAACGGCCCCUCGCUGAUCGACUCAUGGCGCAGCGCCCAAAAAUACGGCAUAGCCGAUCGGAACCAAGGAGGACAGUACUAUUUUGAUCCCAGUGCACAGCUGUUCUGGACGUGGGAUACACCGCAGCUUAUGCAACGCAAAUUCAUAGAUAUUGUGGACAAGCUCAACAUUGGCGGCAUCAUGGCUUGGAGUCUCGGCGAGGAUAGCUAUGACUGGAGCCAUGUGAAUGUGUUGAAGACAGAGGUUGAGUUGAGGGGAUAG